AUCAAUUUCAGAUACAUUACACAACUCACAGGUUUCGUUGUACUUUACUAACAAAAUUGUGUUACAAUUUUGUAUUGCAUUCAUUUAACAUUUCGCGGUGCAAAAAACACUUAUUUUCCCACACUUUAAGUACAACUGAAAAGUCGCAUUUUCAUUUAGUUAGAGGAUUAUAGAAGACAAAGAAUGGCAAACCUGAAUUUUGUAUUGGAUGUUUUUGUAAAGAGCUUUGACUCGCCUAAAUUAAAAGCUGACAAUGCCAAGCAUUUAAAAUUUGAUGCAACAAUGGUUAAUCAGAAAAUAGAAAUAACCACAAGUCGCAUCAAUGUCACGGAUUAUAAUCCCAAUUCUAGCAUUGAAUUCCUAGCUACGGCAAAGAAAUUGCGGCAAAGCAUCGAAAAUAAUGGAAUAACGUUUAAAGCUAUGGUAAAAAGUAGCGCAAUCGGCGAAGGUAAAAUGAUGUUUCCCGAUAAGUUCUUGGAAGGGAUAAAAGAAGGCAUGGGAGACUUGGAAUACGAAGGUUCUUGCAGUAUAGAAAAGAACGAUGAGGAAGUGGGAAAAGUGAUAUUUAAAUGCCGACUAAUCAUCAAAUGUGAAAAGGAAGAUCGAGAUGAAAGUGAGUGUCGUCGAAAUAUGGACAUUAAUCAAACUGAUAUUAUGUUUGUUAUGGCCGCGCCAAAAGAAUGUCCUCAACCUCAUCCCUGUGACACUUGUAAGGAUGCAAUGCAGCCAGAAGAGGGCGAUGAGCGGCUUCAACUAGAUCUGGAUCGUUAUGAACCAAUUAAACAGCCAGUACAUGUAUCGCCAGAGGAGAAUGGCGGCAUGGAUCCCAGUUGUGAGCUAAAGCAUAUGACGAAACAGUUUGGACAUGUUAUUGACUCGCUUGUUACGCAAAUGAACAAGUUGAACCCACCGACUGAGGGCCUCUUCACAGACUGGAGUGGCAAGCCCUCUAAUAUCAAGCCCAACGAAGUUGAUCGCACAAUGUCUGUUCCCCUUGAAGACUGGCAAGAAAACAGCAUAAGUCCCAUACGCUAUUGUCCUGUGUGUCUGACAGCAAUGUCUUGGCUGCCCAAAUACUCUCCGUGUCCAAAGUGCAGCAACAAACCGAAGCCAGAAAAGAAAGAAGAAAAGAAAAAUAAACCCACGGCCGAUCAAAUAAUCCAAGAGUAUGUGAAAGUGCCACCAAAGGGAAAGGAUGCCUGCCAGGAACCUUGCGAUGUGGAUAUAGAAAAUCCUGGAAAGACAACUGAGGAUCAAAAUCGUUGUGGCUGCAUUUGCAAAGCAGGCAAAAUGUGUCUUCAUUGUCGCAUGCGUCUGAUCAGCGCCGAUAUCUUCGAGAAGAAAAUGUCAGACACUGAAGAGUGUCCUGAGGUAAACCCCACUUCCAAGGAAGACUUUUGCGUCGUUGUCGAAAAAAAGGAGGAAAAGUGUUGCACGCAACUCGAGAACGUUUUUGCUGAGCUAUUAGAGCUCUAUAACAAAAAAGAUGCAGCAGAAGAAGCUGCACAAAUGAGCUCUAAAGGCUCCCAAAUGUCAUCUAGCAAAAAGUUGUCUUCAUUAACGUCCAAAAGAGAGUCGGGUGGACAGACAAAUAACGCCGAAAAGAAACGCGUUAAGAAACGCAACAAUGUUCCACGACGUCACGGCUGGGACUGGAAAUGUACCGAUGAGGCUCGUAAGCACGGCUGGAAACCUGGAGCUAUCAGUCGCUAUGUGUUCAACAUUAUGAAGUUCUUCACGCAGUGCUCCGAUGAUCCGAAUGCAACUAAUAUUAGCAAGGAGAUCGAUGAACAGGAGGAACAAAAACAAUCGAAUAAGCCAAUGCUUAACAUCUGCAAGCAAAACGGCGCCAUUUGCAUCACGUUCCAAUCUUCCGAUCCGUCGGAAAAUCCCAUUAUGUUCAAAAUAGUCAAGAGCGAUGAGGCUCUAAUACUUAGCGAACUGAAACGCAAGCUCAAGGCCAAAGGCUUUCCCAAGUGCAGCUGUCACAAGCCGUUAAUGUUGUGUGUCUGCCGCGAAAUCAAAGAAAAGCAGCAACUCGCAGCUGAGCUGGAAAGCGAGUGUCAGCUGCUUGGCAUGGAAAGUUGUGUGGAGAAACUCAUUCUCACUGACACAAGCGAAAGCGAAAUGGAAUACAACCUGGAUGUGUCUCCGCCAGAAGCUCCUGCUCAGUCGACACGACAACCAAUAAAACGAAAGUCCUUAAACAACAGCACACAAACAGAGGCUGCUGAUGAUCUUGAGGUGAAGUCCAAGUAUCCCACUGAAUUUAAUCCUUACUAUCGCACCUACGACUGUGCCGUCGGAGAUCGUUAUACAGGCACAGCAUUUGGUGCACUGGGCGAAGAAGUCUUUGAGGAUGGUGUCUUUGGCAAUCAGGGUGGCGGUGCACACGGUCCUCUAGCUGAUCCAGGCGGCAAGUCGAGGCCACAGACUAUCUGGGGCUCAAAGCCUGGGGAGGCAAUACGCGGACGUGAUGGCGCUGGAGGUGGUACCCGAAGAGGUCCAGGAGGUGCCGUUGGCGGUGGCUUUGGCGGUGGCGCUGGCGGCAAAUCAAUUCCGGGUGCUAAAAAGCAACCAGCUGGCAAAAGUGCUCCCAUACCUGUGCGUAUGCCAGCGCGGUAUUACAAAGCCGAAGCUGAGGCUGCAGAAAAGGAAAAGAAGGCAGCUGAAGCAGCGAUUUCCGAGAAGAAAAAGGGCAUCAAUAUCAUUGAAUAUCUGGAAAAGAAAGGUACAGUGUCGAAACCCUGGAAUCCCAAUGAACCCAAAGAAGACAAGAACAAGAAGACUGCAACUGAACUUGUUGUGGGCAAAGAUGGACUCACAGAUGCCCAACGCGCUCGUCGCGCUCUUCUUCAAGCUCCAAUUCCUCCACUCGAUACUUUGCCACGACUGGGCAAGGGAUAUCCACAAUGUGACUUAUGUUCAUGCUAUCCAAAUCCAUAUUCGUACCAAUGUAACUACUGCUGCGAUCCUUGCUACUAUUGUUGCUGAACAACUGACUGCAUGGAAUCGGUAAAGAACUUUAAUGCUGGACAAAUUGUGAGCUCUCGAGCUCCUUGGCAGGAGCUUGAAAUGUUGAAACGCACAUAUGUAUAAUUAUGGAAGUUCGAUUUCACGAAUGAAUAAAUGACAUAA